GCCACGUCACCAGUAACCGCGUAUUACUUGGUAGAGUACCCAUUGCUCUAUAUAAACUCCCAUGCCACCGUUUCUGCCUCCACAAGCCUCACCCAAUGUUAUCUUCUUCCUGUAAUUCCACCCUUUUCUCCCAGACCAUCUUUCAACCUGCUCAUCGCAAAGCCUCUAGAGCCCAGAAAGCUUAUUUUCCGGGAAAAUCUCUGCCUCCUACACGGCAACUGAAAACAGAGGAAACAGAGCAUUCAAGGGCAUGGCUUCCUCUUCCUCCGCUUCUCUGUACGACGUGCUUGGGAUCUCAGUGGGUGCCAGCUGCAACGAGAUAAAAGCCGCUUACAGGAAGCUUGCGAGAACUUGUCAUCCUGAUGUGGUGGCCAUGAAUCAGAAGGAAACCUCGGCCAACGAGUUCAUGAAGAUCCAUUCGGCUUAUUCCACGUUGUCGGAUCCCAACAAGCGGGCACAAUAUGACAGGCAAUUCUAUGGCCAUAACAAUAGAAGGCCUCUCGACUAUACGUCUCUUACUUCUUCAAACAUAAAUUCGAUGUCUGGGUAUCGUCCUAGCUAUGCUCACUCUGGAAUGAACUGGGAGACUGAUCAGUGUUGGUAGUCUAGUUUUGAUCUGGUCCUAGUUAGUAUGCAUACAUGUUAUAACAUUAUUAACCCAUGUUCUUUCGAAACAGAACAUCGGAGGAACACGUACAUAGUUUUGGGGUACUUGUCUUUCCAGAGCUUUGCUCAUUCAUAUUGAUCUGAUGCUAUUCUUGUAUCCGGCGGAGGUUUUAUGGGGAAAUGAGAUUUUCCCGACUCUUUUAGGUUUUUAAUGUUAGAAGUGGCAACCUCGCAUUAUUCUUGUAAUUAAAUUAAAAUUAAGUUUCACCGCUUA